AGUGAUGCAAAUGAAAACCAUACAGUGGAACUGCUUAAAAAUGAAUUGGAAAAGAUUAGAAGUGUUAUGCAUGAGGAUCUCUUCGAAUUGGAUGUCGAUGUGCAGGUUGUCUCUGGUGCUUAUAUGCACUGGCAAAUGGUGAAUAUGUAUCAGGCGGUGCAAAACGUUGUGGUACGUAUUAGGAGUAAAAAUUCCACCAGCGAAGCAGCCUUACUCAUUAACAGUCAUUUUGACACGAAACCAGCCAGUCCCGGCGCUGGCGAUGAUGGCACCAUGGUUGUUAUAUUACUCGAGACUCUGCGCGUGCUCGCUACAACUCGUCAAACUUUCAAACAUCCCAUUGUAUUUUUAUUCAAUGGCGCCGAAGAAAAUCCUUUGCAGGCCUCACACGGUUUUGUUACCCAACACGAAUGGGCUAAAAAUUGCAAAGCGGUCAUUAACUUGGAUUCAGCAGGUAGCGGUGGUCGUGAAAUUCUCUUCCAAGCCGGACCCAAUCACCCAUGGUUAAUGAAAAUCUACCAUCGUAACGCUAAACGUUCAUUUGCGACAACAUUCGCAGAGGAAUUAUUCCAAUCCGGCAUUAUACCUUCGGAUACAGAUUUUACAAUAUUCAAAAAUUUCGGAAAUAUACCAGGCUUGGAUAUUGUACACUUCAAAAAUGGCUAUGUAUACCACACGAAAUUCGAUAGGAUUGAUGUUAUACCACGUGGAACGCUACAAAGUACUGGCGAUAAUAUAUUAGCUCUGGCGCGUGCUUUCGGCAAUUCUACAGAAUUAAAAGAUCCAGAG